GAUACUAUAAAGAAACAAUGCUAACAAGCUCCCGAGUGGCCGCCGUGGGGAGGCUGAGGCCGGUUUACGAACGCAUGCAGAGAACCUCUACUUCUUUAACCCGUUCGAGCUCUUUAGGACAAUCUUGAACACCGAGCUACGCUCAAAUAUGUUCUUUGGGAUGGCUAGGUUCGUCGACUCGCCUAAAGAGCUCUGGGAAUCUAUUGCCUGGGCGUCGUCAAUCCGUUGCUCUUCUGGUCAGUACGGCUACUAUCCAAAUACGACCGAGCCAGUUUUUCCUUCGGAUCUCGUCCGUUUCAAAUGCAACGAUACACAGUGUCUCUGUCAGACGAUGACGCAAAAGCCGCAUCUUGGCCAAAUCGUGGCUUUUGGAAGGGAUUUCCGCACAUAUCGCGAGCAUAGUAGCCCAGAGGGUUCGAUUGUCCUCAAGGUCCAGCGGUUUCAGCUAAUAAACCAGUUCCUCUCUCGCCCAACGUACCAAAAUCUUACUCUCGACCCGCCUCCUCACUCCCGCGAAUUCAUUAUGCUAGAUGAUACUAUCGACGUUGUCCCCGAAGAAUUGAUUGAGCGCCUAACAGACAUUACUGUCUAUUUCGACUAUGCCUUCAGGAGCUCUGUACAACUCCCUAGCGAUCGAUCAACAGACAGCCUCUCUCCAAACGAGCAUAUU